CGAAGCAAGACUCCAUAUGGCUUCCUUGCCCCUUCCAGGUACUUUGUACCUGGGAAUCUUUGCUUUUUUGCCCUUUUUUUUUUCUUUCCUAAAUAAACAUUUCUUCACUUUCUUGAACAAAGUUUGCUUCUCCCUGCUUAUUGAAAAGUCUGUGAAUUCCUUUUUAUGGCUUCACAAGACAAGAACUCCUGGUGGUUACCAGGGUGAAAAGCAGCAGCAGCAGCAGCAGCAGAAGCAGCAGCCACAGCAGCAGCUGUAAUCACCAUAACAGCGCAAACUGGCUUCAUACUGGGGGCUCAUUGUCUGAAUCUUGCAAGAUUUAAGGGAUAAUUUAUACAAUGAAGAAAGAACAGAUCGUUUGGGUUUCUGUGUGUCUGCUCCUUAGCUGUGCCUCUACCCCUAUUAACGCUAUUCCUGAAGAAGGUGAAGGAAAUACAAAUAUCACAGAUGCUGAGUUGCCACCACUGAAACUUGCACAUUCAUUUUGUGCAAUGAAAGCAGAUGAUGGCCCAUGCAAAGCAAUGAUGAAGAGAUUUUUUUUUAACAUUCAUACUCAGCAGUGUGAAGAAUUUAUAUAUGGGGGGUGUGAAGGAAAUCAGAAUCGAUUUGUAAGUCUGGAAGAGUGCAAACAAACAUGUACAAGAGAUAAUCCAAAGAAGGUUAUAUUGACAAAGACAACACUGCAAAAAGAAAAGCCAGAUUUCUGCUAUUUGGAAGAAGAUCCUGGAAUCUGCAGAGGUUAUAUUACUAGGUAUUUUUAUAACAAUCAGUCAAAGCAGUGUGAAAGUUUCAAGUAUGGUGGGUGCCUUGGCAACGAAAACAACUUUGAAUUACUGGAAGACUGCAAGAACACCUGUGAGGAUACAUUGAAUGUUUUCCCGGUGGAUGAUUACAGAACCCAGGUUAAUUCUGUGCAUAAUGACUCUGUGAGUCCCCAGCCUACCAAGGUCCCCAGCUUUUUGGAAUUUCAUGGCCCCUCCUGGUGUCUGACUCCAGCAGACAGAGGAUUGUGUCAAGCCAAUGAGAACAGAUUCUACUAUAAUUCAGUCAUUGGGAAAUGUCGCCCAUUUAAGUACAGUGGAUGUGGAGGGAAUGAAAACAAUUUUACUUCUAAAAAUGCCUGUCUUAGGACUUGUAAAAAAGGUUUCAUCCAAAGAAUGUCAAAAGGAGGAUUAAUUAAAACCAAAAGAAAAAGAAAGAAGGCAUCAGUAAAAGUAGUAUAUGAAGCAAUUUCUGUUAAAAAGAUAUAAUUUGAUAUUAUUCAAUAUUAAUUCUGCUAAGUAUUUUAGAUGAAGAUUUUGACUGUGAUUUCUACUGUUGUCUUAAAAUCCUUUUGAAUAAAAUUUUCAUGAAUUUUCUAUGUUCAUACAAUCUUCUAUAAAUACAUUUGUAUCAGAGUUGCUUUUCUUGUCAAAUUGUUAAUUAUAGGUAUAUAACUUAUUAACUGAUUACUCUGAAUUAGCUUAUUCACUUGUUUCCCUCCUAUCUGCCACUUAACUAAAGAUUAUCCUAUCAUCGAACACAUCAGAUCAUUUUCCCUCUAGUGAUCAUCUAUGUGAGAAUAUGUUGUCACUUACUUGUUUCGAUCAUAUAUAUAAUGUAUCAAGAUUAAGAAAAAACUUUUCACAUUUAAAAUAACGACAAGCACCUUCUUCUGAUAAAAAUCACUGGAUUGUGCAUUUGAAAACUGUAAUAACACAAAUUCCAUGCUACCUUCCCUAGACAUACUUUAUUUCCUUCUGCACUGACAAUACCUCUAUCAAUUUUUUUAACCUCUAUCACUCUUGACUAAAACCAUAUUUGAACCAAAAAGACAACUCUUUAUCAUGUGCCUGGCUGAUAUUCUUUUUUUUAAAUAAAAUUUUGUUGAUCUACCAUUGUUUACAAUGCUACAUAAAUUUUGAAGUACAAUUCCUAACUCAACAUCUGUAUAUACACCUCACCUCAUCCACAAUCAAAAUUCUAGUACCUUCUACAUUACCAAAUUGACACACUAAACCCAUUCCACUCACCCUUUCCCCUUCCCCUCUGGUAUAAACAUAUUUUUCCACCUAGUCUGAGUCAAUUUUUGUUGUGUUUUGUUGUUUGCUUUAUGUUUAUUCCACAUAGGAGUAAAAUCAUUCAGUAAUUUUCUUUUAUUACAAAAUGCAUUUAGCUGUGGGCUUCCCUGGUGGUGCAAGGGAUUAAGUCUCAGCACUAUGAAGCUAUGGGCAGCCACUGCAGCACAAGUUCGAUUCCUAGCCAAGGUGGUAAUGCACAUGUUGCAGCAGACCUCUCCUAUCUCACCCACUGCUCCCUUUAGCAAUGUAUUUCAGUCAAUACACCUGCUCUGCUGCCCACUCUGUCUUUGGUGAAUCCUCUCACCCUCUUGCACCUCUGGCCUACACCCCAGCUCUUGUAUGCAUAAAUAAAUCUUUUUUAAAAAUACAUUUAGCUUAGCAUAAAUACCCUAAGUUCCAUCCAUGUUGCUAUAAAAGGCUAAAUUUCAUAUAUUUAAUAGUCCGAUAGAGUAUUACAUUGAUAUGAAAACUAUUUUAUCAGUUAACUGCCAACUGGAAUUCAGGAUGUUUCCAUGUUUUGGCUUUUUUCUGAAAAAUGCUCCUAUGAAAACAAGGUACAGAUAUAUUUUUAAAUUAGUGUUUUC